AGAAAUUUUGAAUUGCCGAAGACAACUCCUGCUGGCUGCGGUGUAUAUGGGCGAAGAGUUGGUACUCUUUGGCAUGGGUGCUACCAGCGCGCGUCCUGUUUUACGCGAGAGACGUCAAAAAAGCGCGAAAUUUGCAUCGUCGUCGGUGGUGUUUUGUGAGGUCCCAGCUUUAAAUGCUCACCAUUCGUGUUGACAUGCUUGUGAAUGAGUUUUGUUUGGAAAAUUAGUCUUACAUACUUCGCUAAUUGAAUUGAUGUCCCACAUCCAACCAUGAAGCUCUACGAUACACCAGUCCAGUGAUGGUUCUUCUGUGCACCAUGGAGACCACCAUCAUCCCCAGACCCCCAGCGCUGCCUCCAGUACCUGGAUUCAACUCCUCCAAUCCUCCCCCACCACCUCUGCCUAAACCAAACCACUCCAAACCACCAGAAGUCCCGUCGAAACCACCAACAGUCCCACCCCCUCCUAAACCCCCCAAUAUAAUAGGAACUAACCCGAAAGAAUCUGUUUCCAAGACUCCUCCGCCCCAACCCCCAAAAACCUCAUGCAGCCCUUCCAAAAUUCCCCAAGAUUCUUCGAAGUUUCACGAUUACUCGAGUGUUAAGAGUAGCAAGAGUACAAGUUCCAACGGGUUUCGACUCGUCGACGAUAACUGUGAUGCCGGUAGUGUUUAUAGUGCGUACAAACAGAAGAUCGACCAGAUGUUCGACUCGGACACUAGUUUGAACACUAAAAAUAGUGCGCAGGCGCGAAUCGAUAAGAUUUUCACUGAGGUUCCUAAGGAUAGCAAGAUGGAGGAGGAUAGUAUAGGUGUCCACGGUUUUACUGUCGACUAUUUAGGAUCGGUGCCACUGAAUGAUAAGGUGACUAGUCUGGCAGGACUCCAAGGACCACUGAAGGAUCUUUAUUUCGCCUACAAGAAGAUUACGAAGCCAAGGAAGAUGCUCACUGGGAGAUUGGAGAUAUCUAGUCAAGGACUGAGGGUUCAGUAUCAAGGAGAAAGAGGAGAUUUGGAACAAAUGAAUUCGUUCCCUACUAUAGCCGUGUGGUCAGCUGUGAAAUUUGUGAUAAACGACCAUGAUUCAUCUAGAAUAUCCUACGCUUUCCUACCACUCAUCACCGAUCCAGAUAAUAUUGAUAAGAGAACCCUCUUCAGGAAUUUGGAUGCAAACGAAGAGAAGUACAUCAAUGUGGAUGCCCACUCCCCUCUUUUCGCUGUGGUGAUGAGGAAGUUUGGAGUACAUAAGCAACUAGAGUGCCAUGGUUUUGUUUGCCAAACAUCAGAAGAUGCUAUAGUCAUAGCAGCCACCCUGUAUAAAUCUCUGAUGUCCCAGAUGAAGGCAAAGGAGAAGAAACCGAAGAAUAGGAACGGAGUCACUUGUAUGUCGAUAGCAUCGAGUGUUUACAAUGAAAACAACAACACCGGACCACCAGUAAGGCCACCUAGAAGAAAAAGAAGCACGACUUCUUCUAUUAUAAGCGACACGGAUAUCGCCAACUUGGACCAAUCGUCUGACACGCAACCACUUCUACAAUCUUCAUCCAAAAAGAUUCCGAAGAAAAGUACAAAGACCAGAAAGGCCCCUAGGGCCCCUCCAACCAAAGAGGAAGAUUUGGAUGCCAUAACGCCGUAUGAGGAACCUUCAAAAGUGUCUGACGGUCAAGAUCAGAGUGAGAAACCUGUCAGUUCAUCUAAUGAUCUCGAAGAAUUCAAGGAAAUAAAGCCGCCCACUUUCACAGACAAAAUCAGCACGUUCAUGAGUAGGGAGCAGAAGCAGAUCACUGCUGAAAUAAAGCAGAUGAUGGGUAGUAACAGCGAUUCCCAAACAGGCCUGAAGAGGUUGCAGAGUUUGCGAAGAAGAAAUAACGAGGGACUGAGGAAGAAGGAGCAUUCUGGUGAUAUUUUAACUAAAGUUACGAUUCCGAGGUCCGGCAGUUUUCUGAAUGCUGGCGGCUUGACAAGAUACAAAUCGAAAGUAACGAGAAGAACCCCUUUUUGCAGGGCCAAUGGCCAGGCAAGCGGAGGAUCCCCAUUGGGCUUCAACGAGCUCUUCAACGAAUUCAGACAACACGAAGGCCUCAACUCGAUGGACGAGAUACUGGGCGUCAUCAUAGACUCCAACGGCAUGUCCUUCAACGACCUCAAGCCGAUUUACAAGGAGUUCCUCCUCAAACUGUCCGUAACACUGACCAAGGACGAACUGUACCAGAGAUCCAAGUCCAUAAUGAGGCGGCAGAAGAAGAAGAUCCUCAAGAAGACCCAAGUGAAAUCGCACAGUUUGAAGAUAAGGGGAAAAUUCAGAAGGUUAAAAUUCAUUUUACGACGAAAUUUCAAGCUGAGGCUGUGCAAGAGGUCGAAGAAGCAAAAAUUGAAUGUUGAAAACGUCCAAGGUAAACUUCCAGAAAGUACCAUAUCAUCGUCUUCGUACGACACCAGGCAAUUUACUCCUAAAGAAGAAGCCCAAGUGGCUAAGAAACAGGUGCAGAAAAAGAAAUCGCACGAUCUCAGAUCGAAACGAGAGAGAUUAAGCACUUCAGAAGAAAGUGACUUUUUAUCAGUGAGACGACCCAAAGUUCAAGGUGGUGCUUUGAAUGUGAACCAACACAGAAACUCCUCAAGCGGCUACGUUUCCUGCUCAGACUGUUCUUACGACAGCGACAGUUGUACGUGUACGUCAGCAGAUAAAUGUUACUGCAGCUUGGGAGACAAACAGUUUAACAAGACCAAAUGUAAACCUAAACAUCUAACCAUCCAAGGUGAAAACUGCAACUGCCUCAAUGACACUUUAACGUUUUGUGGUUGCGACACAGACAGCUGCACCGAAAGCAACAAAUGCUACUGCCCGAGACCCCAAAAAAUCACCCCAAUAUUGGAGCAACUCAAGCAGAAAGGAAUCAUGCCUCAAAACGAGAAACACAAGAAGCUAUGCAAGAAGAAUUCGCACACCAAAAGCAGCAAGAGUUUGGAAUACAUGCAUAACCCUUGCGAUACCUACUACAACAGACUGAAGACCCUAUCCAGGCCUAUAGACCCUUAUUAUAGUUACAACAAAUGCAGCAGGGGCACCACCAGAGGGCAAACGUAUAGUGAGAAUGUACAGUACGACCUAUUUUCUAAUUAUGAAGACUUCCGGAAGUACAGAGGAGCUGGAAUGUUUCCUAGAGCUUUGAGCGAAUCUGACAACGUUGGAUUGCUUAGACAAAGCUCUUCGAAGGCCUACAGAACGUCCAAAUAUGGAUCCAACAGAAGGGAAAAAACGUUGCAAGCAACCACUAUAGCAGCGUCAGCCUCAUGCCACGAGGCCCUGUCGGUCAAGAAGACGGCUGAGAUAGCUGCGCUCUUCGCAGACCUCAAACUGAACCAAUCCACAGACUUGCGACAUCUGGAUAGACUGGAAAGAUCCCUAAACCCCGUCCUGGUCUCUCAUAACAUGUACAACAGCUUCAAGAGCCACGGCUCUGUACCCUGCAGAAAUUUGACGUACGCCCACCAGGAUAAAAUGAUACAGAACAGCCUGUAUAGUAGCGGGCGGAAUUUCUACAAGUCGCCGAACCAUCAGCAGUUGUUCAACUCGAAGAACGGCCUGUAUACCAUCCAGAGUCAAUCUGACGACUCCAGAAGAUCGAGCGUUGGUAACAGGAAGGAAACCAGGGAUUUUUAUGAUGGUGGACAUCACUACCAUGCCGUUGAAGGUGACAUAAAUGGUUUGGAGAAUUCCUUAGGGUAUUUGCCAUGAUUUUACGUUUUACGUGUGAAUUGAGGUUGUAAAAAAGUGAUUCUAUACAUUUUUUUUUAUACUGUUAUACUACGAUGAUGAUCAUGAAAAGUUGUACAUAGGAGAUGGGUGGGUACUUUGGUGAUCAGUGGGGUUUUUUCAAGCAUUCAAAUUGAAUCAUUUCUCAUCUCAAACAUUGCUCCUUAUUGACCGAUUAUAGAACAAUUUAAGGAACGAUCGAUACGUUAAAAUAAAUGAAAUAUUCGUGGGAAAAUAUGAAUUAUAUUCUGUAUAAUGUUUAUGAUUUUUCUCCUUUCAAUUUUAAUAUGUCAUCAGUAUUCGUUCCAAAUGUUCAAGGUUUUAUUUUAUGAUAGUGAUAUUUUACGAUAUGUGCAAUAUUUAGAAUCAAAGAUUGUUUCUAUUUUAUUUAAAUAUUGGGACAAGUGCAAUCUUAUGUGAAUACUCUCAAUAAAGAUUUAAUUGGAA